GAGUGAAGAAGACAGAUUCAACUGCAAUUCCGCGAAACCAAACCUAACAGCAAUUUUCUAGAAAUUCCAUCCGUCUUUCUCUUUAUCUCAAAAACCCUCUCGAUUCACCGAUCCAACCAUCAUUCUCACUUCUCAUCCUUCAAAGAGCCUCUCCUCCGAUCCCAAAUCAACAUGGCUUCAAACGGCUCAUCUCCGAGACCCGUUGAUGCUACGGACAACAGCUUGGAAAGGAUCAAGCGACAGCUAGCAACUGGCUCCGGUCGGAACUUGCUACAGGGACCGCUUUACAAGCGGUCCGAAACUCUGAGGAAAUGGAACGAACGAUGGGUGAUACUCGAUCCAACCACAGGGAAAAUGGAGUACAAGACAAGACGCAACGAGCCAGCUAUCAAGGGAACGAUUCUGUUUGAUGAAAAUAGCACAAUCACUGUCUCUCCUGUCAACUUCCAGGGGCUUCCGAAAUAUAAUGGUUGCUGUAUCUAUAUUAGUACCCCACAGAAGAAAGAUUACUUUUUGUGUGCAGAGACUCCUGGUGCAGCUAAAGCUUGGGUUACUACCUUACAUGCGACACAGCUAGUUCUCAAGGCGCACAAGGAGGCUGUUGAUUCUCUAAGCGGAAGUGGUUCUUCAACACUCGGUACGGUUGCAACCGUUGUUGCCGCUGCCAAUUCAACGGCACUGGAAUGUUCCAAAGAGAUCCAAGCUGCAAUGCAGGUCUCUCUGAGGAAUGCUUUGAAAAUUACGGCCAAUAAACCGAUGGACGGACCGCUAGAUGAUUUGACUAUAAUGAAGGAAACCCUGCGUGUGAAAGAUGAAGAACUACAGAACUUGGCGCGAGAACUUCGUUCUCGUGACGCAACGAUAAAAGAGUUAGCAGAUAAGCUAUCAGAGACGGCUGAAGCAGCUGUAGCGGCGGCAUCUGCAGCUCAUACAAUGGAUGAACAAAGGAGAAUUGUCUGUGUGGAACUUGAGCGCUUAUCUAAAAACUCAGAGAGACAGCAAGAAGCAGCUAUAUCCAAGCUCAAGGAACUGGAAGAGAAGACUUCUAAUCUGAGUAGGGAAAAAGAUCAAUUGGUUAAGGAAAGAGACUCUGCUCUCAAAGAGGCACAUCUGUGGCGGUCUGAGCUUGGAAAAGCAAGAGAGCGUGUUGUCAUACUCGAAGGAGCUGUUGUGAGAGCUGAAGAGAAAGCAAGAGUCGCAGAAGCAAGUGGUGAAGCAAAAGCGAAGGAAGCUUCUCAGAGAGAGGCGGCUGCUUGGACGGAGAAGCAAGAGCUUUUAGCAUAUGUGAAUAUGUUACAAACCCAGCUUCAAAGGCAGCAACUAGAGACGGAGCAAGUGUUUGAGGAGAAGACUGAAUCUACAAACGGCGAAACGUCUCUUCCGAUGACAAAAGAAACAGAGAAGGAUGUGGACAAAGCAUGUUUGAGCGUUUCGAGAACAUCCUCUUUGCCGGGAGAGAAUGUAGUCCAUAUGAGUGAAGAUCAGGUAGUAAACGCUCACGCUCCUCAGGCUCCGGUUGGAGAAAACGAAUGGAAUGAUAUUCAGGCAACAACGGAGGCGAGAGUUUCUGAUGUAAGAGAAAUAUCUGCAGAGACUGAACGAGACAGAGGUAACAGCUUGGAUAUCACAGUAGUAACUCCUGAAUCUAACGUUGUUCCACGCAAUGAUCUGCCUCCCGAGUCUUUUCACCAUCAGCCUUGAUGAAUAAAUGGUAGUAGAGACCUUGGUACAUUUUUCAUAUACUCUUUGAUGUGUUGGUAAUGUCUGGAGACUUAAAUCAUUCUAACAAACCAAAAAGAGUUGCUAUUUGGCUUUGCUUGUGCCUCUAAACACUUUGUCUUAUCUAUCAGCAACCUCUUGAGUUUCUUUCUGACUUGGUAAUGACUUGGGAAGAACAAAGAGAUGUGUGUUUAAACUUUUAAUUGUUGAAUGAUGUUAUGUUUGUGUGCA